UGGAACUCGCUCUGUAGACCAGGCUGACCUCGAACUCACAGAGAUCCCCCUGCCUCUGCUUCCCGGGUUCUGAAUUAAAGGCGUGCGCCACCACUGCCCAGCUAAGCCUAGACUUCUUAAGCUCGCGGCGUCUGGGUGGCGGUGGACGGGAGCUCAUGGAGCCCAGAGGAACCAAGAGAAAAGCGGAGAAGACAGAGGUGGCGGAGCCUUGGAACCAGCUCCCGCGUCCACUGCCCUCACUGCGCACGGAGCCUGCUCUGUACUCUGGCCCCUUCCCCUUCUACCGGCGCCCUUCCGAACUGGGCUGCUUCUCCCUGGACGCCCAGCGCCAGUACCAUGGAGAUGCCCGAGCCCUGCGCUACUACAGCCCGCCCCCUAUCAACGGUCCAGGCCCAGGCCCCGACUUUGACCUCAGAGAUGGGUAUCCUGAUAGAUACCACCCCCGGGAUGAGGAAGUCAAGGAGAGGCUGGACCAUUUGCUGCGCUGGCUUCUGGAACACCGACACCAGCUGGAGGGGGGUCCGGGCUGGCUGGCAGGGGCCACAGUAACAUGGCGAGGACACCUGACAAAAUUGCUGACCACGCCGUAUGAGCGGCAGGAAGGCUGGCAGCUGGCAGCCUCGCGGUUCCAAGGGACACUGUACCUAAGUGAGGUGGAGACCCCGGCUGCUCGGGCUCAGAGGCUAGCCAGACCGCCCCUCCUGCGGGAGCUCAUGUACAUGGGCUACAAAUUUGAGCAGUACAUGUGUGCAGACAAACCUGGAGGCUCCCCAGACCCCUCUGGGGAGGUUAACACCAACGUGGCCUUCUGCUCUGUGCUACGCAGCCGCCUGGGAAGCCACCCUCUGCUCUUCUCCGGGGAAGUAGACUGCAUGAACCCCCAGGCCCCAUCCACACAGCCUCCGGCCUGCUAUGUGGAGCUCAAGACCUCCAAGGAGAUGCACAGCCCUGGCCAGUGGAGGAGCUUCUACAGACACAAGCUUCUGAAGUGGUGGGCUCAGUCGUUCCUCCCAGGGGUCCCACAUGUUGUCGCCGGCUUCCGGAACCCAGAAGGUUUCGUCUGUUCCUUAAAGACCUUUCCUACCAUGGAGAUGUUUGAAAAUGUCAGGAAUGACCCGGAUGGCUGGAGUCCCUCUGUGUGCAUGAACUUCUGUGCUGCCUUCCUUAGUUUUGCCCAGAGCACAGUUGUCCAGGAUGACCCCAGGCUUGUUCACCUCUUCUCCUGGGAACCUGGUGGCCCAGUCACUGUGUCUGUCCAUCGGGAUGCACCCUAUGCCUUCCUGCCCACAUGGUGUCUUGCUGCGUCUGAGUACAGCCAUCCCCGCCCUAUACUCCAAGCAUUCUCCUUUGCUGUUUUAUUACUCGCUUUUGCCCAACACGCCCUUUACUGGGUGUAGAGGCUGGCUGCGAAGACAAUGUCCC